AGGCUGUGGCAGUGGGGGGGCGGCACCCAGCAUUUGCCUUGGGGGGGGCAGGGACAGAUGCGACUGGGUGCCAUGGCCAGACUGCUGCCCUUGGUGCUGCUGAUGGGUGCCCUACUAGGCCCUGGGGCGGGUGGGGCGGCACUGGAGUUUGGUGGCGCCACAGGGCAGUGGGCCCGCUAUGGCCGCUGGGAUGCCAGCUCUUUGGGAGAGCUGAGCUUUAGCCUGAAGACAAAUGUCUCGCGGGCGCUGGUGCUUUACCUGGACGACGGGGGGAACUGCGACUUCCUGGAGCUCAUGAUCGCUGACGGGCGCCUGCGCCUGCGUUUCACCAUCUCCUGUGCUGAGCCUGCCAAGCUGCACCUGGAGACGCCUGUGGAUGACGACCGCUGGCACAUGGUGCUCUUGACCCGCAACUACCGGGAGACCAUGCUGGUGGUGGACGGUGAGGCCAAGGUGGCCGAGGUCAAGUCCAAGCGGCGGGACAUGGCGGUGGACAGUGACCUCUUUGUUGGGGGGAUCCCACCUGAUGUGCGCCUCUCGGCGCUUACCCUGAGCACUGUCAAGUACGAGGUGCCCUUCAAGGGGCUGGUGGCCAACCUCAAGCUGGGUGACACACCGCCGGCCCUGCUGGGCAGCCAGGGUAUCCGCAGCGACAUGGAGUACCUGUGCACCAAGCAGAAUCCCUGUGCCCAUGGGGGGCUCUGCAGUGUGCUGAAUGGCGAGGUGCAGUGCGACUGCAGUAUGACCGGCUUCCAGGGCAAGUUCUGCAGCGAAGAAGAGCACACGAUGGAAGGUCCUGCUCAUCUGACGUUAAACAGCCAAGUAGGGUCCAUUCUGUACUCGGAAGGGGGGGAAGGGAGAGGAGCCAGUGAGGUGCAGCACACAUCAAAAGGGAAGGAGGAAUACGUGGCGACCUUCAAGGGCAACGAGUUCUUCUGCUACGACCUAUCCCACAACCCGAUCCAGAGCAGCACUGAUGAGAUCACACUGUCCUUCCGCACCCUGCAGCGGAAUGGCCUCAUGCUGCACACGGGGAAGUCGGCCGACUACGUCAACCUGUCGCUCAAGAGCGGGGCCGUGUGGCUAGUCAUCAACCUGGGGUCGGGCGCCUUCGAGGCGCUGGUGGAGCCCGUCAAUGGCAAGUUCAAUGACAACAACUGGCAUGACAUCCGGGUGACCCGGAACCUGCGCCAGCACGCAGGAAUUGGACACGCUAUGGUAAACAAACUGCAUUACCUGGUGACCAUUUCUGUGGAUGGUAUCCUGACAACAACGGGCUACACACAGGAGGAUUAUACCAUGCUGGGCUCAGAUGACUUUUUCUACAUUGGGGGCAGCCCCAACACAGCUGACCUGCCGGGGUCCCCAGUCAGCAAUAACUUCAUGGGGUGCCUCAAGGAUGUCGUGUACAAGAACAAUGACUUCAAGCUGGAGCUGUCACGCCUGGCAAAGGAGGGCGACCCCAAGAUGAAGAUCAAUGGAGACUUGGUGUUCCGCUGUGAGAAUGUGGCAGCGCUGGACCCAGUCACCUUUGAGUCACCCGAGGCCUACAUCUCCCUGCCCAAGUGGAACACCAAGAAGACUGGCUCCAUCUCCUUUGACUUCCGCACCACUGAGCCCAACGGGCUGCUGCUCUUCAGCCAUGGGCGCCUGCAGCCCCCACGGGAGGGCCGUGCUGAGCGUCCACACAAGGCUGACUACUUUGCCAUGGAGCUGCUGGACGGCCACCUUUACCUGCUGCUGGACAUGGGCUCUGGCGGCAUCAAGAUGCGGGCCAGCAACAAGAAGGUCAAUGACGGCGAGUGGUGCCACGUGGACUUCCAGCGUGAUGGGCGUAAAGGCUCCAUCUCAGUGAAUAGCCGCAGCAUACCGUUCCUGGCCAGUGGGGAGAGUGAGAUCCUGGACUUGGACAGUGAGAUGUACCUGGGGGGCCUUCCUGAGAAUCGUCUGGACUUGAUCCUACCCCCUGAGGUGUGGACUGCCUUCCUCAACUAUGGCUAUGUGGGCUGCGUGCGGGACCUCUUCAUUGACGGCAAGAGCCGGGACGUGCGGCGCCUGGCCGAGGUGCAAAGCGUGCCCGGCGUCUCCAGCUUCUGCUCCCGGGAGACCCUCAAGCAGUGCAGCAGUGCACCCUGCCGCAAUGGGGGGGUCUGCCGUGAGGGCUGGAACCGCUUCGUCUGUGACUGCCUUGGCACUGGCUACCUGGGCAGAGUGUGCGAGAGAGAGGCCACGGUGCUGAGUUAUGAUGGCAGCAUGUACAUGAAGAUCAUGCUGCCAGGGGUGAUGCACACAGAGGCCGAGGAUGUGUCCCUGCGGUUCAUGUCCCAGCGUGCCUAUGGCUUCAUGCUGGCCACCACCUCCAAAGAGUCGGCCGACACCCUGCGCCUCGAGCUUGAUGGCGGGCAGAUGAAGCUUACCGUCAACCUAGACUGUGUCAGGAUAGGCUGUAACCCCAGUAAAGGCCCCGAGACCCUCUUCGCUGGCCACAAACUCAACGACAAUGAGUGGCACACAGUGCGGGUUGUGCGGCGUGGGAAGAGCCUGCAGCUCUCGGUGGAUAACGUCACUGUGGAAGCAGGGCAGAUGGCCGGUGCGCACACCCGCCUGGAGUUCCACAACAUCGAGACCGGCAUCAUGACGGAGCGUCGCUUCAUCUCCGUGGUGCCUUCCAACUUCAUCGGGCACCUGAGCAGCCUGGUGUUCAAUGGGCUGCCCUACAUGGACCUGUGCAAGAAUGGCGACAUCAGCUACUGCGAGCUCAAUGCCCGCUUCGGCCUGCGCAGCAUCAUUGCCGACCCUGUCACCUUCAAGAGCCGUGCCAGCUAUCUGGCACUGGCCACAUUGCAGGCCUAUGCCUCCAUGCACCUCUUCUUCCAGUUCAAAACCACCGCCACCGAUGGCCUCAUCCUCUUCAACAGUGGCAAUGGCAACGACUUCAUCGUGGUGGAGCUGGUCAAGGGGUACAUCCACUAUGUCUUUGACCUGGGCAACGGGCCGUCACUGAUGAAGGGGAACUCGGACAAGCCGGUUAAUGACAACCAGUGGCACAACGUAAUUGUGUCGCGUGACACCAGUAACGUCCACACGCUCAAGAUUGACUCCCGCACUGUCACCCAGCACUCCAAUGGUGCCCGCAACCUGGACCUCAAGGGAGAGCUGUACAUCGGGGGGCUGAGCAAGAACAUGUUCAACAACCUGCCCAAGCUGGUGGCCUCGCGGGACGGCUUCCAAGGCUGCCUGGCCUCCGUGGACCUUAACGGCCGCCUGCCCGACCUUAUCGCCGACGCCCUGCACCGGAUCGGGCAAGUCGAGAGGGGCUGCGACGGGCCCAGCACCACGUGCACUGAGGACUCUUGUGCCAACCAGGGCGUCUGCCUGCAGCAGUGGGACGGCUACACGUGUGACUGCACCAUGACCUCGUACGGUGGCCCCGUGUGCAAUGACCCUGGCACUACAUACAUCUUUGGGAAGGGCGGGGCGCUUAUCACCUACACCUGGCCACCCAACGACCGGCCCAGCACACGAGCUGACCGGCUGGCCGUGGGCUUCAGCACCCACCAGAAGAAUGCCAUCCUGGUGCGGGUGGACAGCGCCUCUGGGCUGGGGGACUAUCUGCAGCUGCACAUAGACCAAGGCACAAUCGGGGUCAUCUUCAACGUGGGCACAGAUGACAUCACCAUCGAGGAGACCAAUGCCAUGGUUAACGACGGCAAGUACCACGUGGUGCGCUUCACCCGGAGCGGGGGCAAUGCCACGCUGCAGGUGGACAACUGGCCUGUCAACGAGCGCUACCCAGCAGGGAACAGUGAUAAUGAGCGGCUGGCGAUUGCUAGGCAGAGAAUUCCGUAUCGGCUCGGUCGAGUAGUAGAUGAGUGGCUACUCGACAAAGGUCGACAGCUGACAAUAUUUAACAGCCAGGCCGCCAUCAAGAUCGGAGGCCGAGAUCAGGGACGCCCCUUCCAGGGCCAGAUCUCGGGGCUCUACUACAACGGGCUCAAGGUGCUGUCCCUGGCAGCUGAGAGUGACCCCAACGUGUGGGUGGAGGGGAACCUCCGGUUGGUGGGUGAGGUGCCCUCCGUCAUGACCACUGAGACCACUGCCACUACCCUGCUGGCCGACAUGUCCACCACCAUCAUGGAGACCACCACCACCAUGGCCACCACCACCACACGGCGCGGCCGCUCUCCCACCAUGCGUGACAGCAUCACCCAGAACACAGAUGACCUGUUGGUGGCGUCAGCUGAGUGCCCAAGUGAUGAUGAGGACCUGGAGGAGUGUGAGCCCAGUACAGGAGGUGAAUUAGUAUUGCCCAUAAUUACCGAAGAUUCCUUAGACACCCCACCAAUUGCCACCCGGUCUCCAUUCAUACCCCCGCCACCUACCUUUGGCCCCUUCCUAACUGUAAUAGAGACCACCAGAGAUACCCUAGCCCCUUCCACCAAUCAAAAACCCCCGUGCUUAGCCGACCAAGAGGACAGCGAUUGCGAAGAGGGCAUUGAGGCCUCCGGUUAUGCCUCGGGCGAGGUCUUCGACUCCAGCCUGCCCCCUACUGAUGACGAAGAUUUUUACACCACAUUCCCCUUGGUCACAGAUAGGACCCUGCUGGCCAGGCCAGAUGGAGCGUCUAAAAAGUCCCAAGGCUUCAGGCCCAACAUUAGGACAGGAGUGCCGGCUUCAUCCUCAAUCCCUGAGCUCCUGACCUCCACUGCCUCUCCCGAUCUGGUCCGUAACAUCCCCGCCGGCAAAAUGAACAAUCGCGAGGCCCCUAAACCCCACCCAGACCAGUACCCCCCUCUGCCCACCUCUUUUGAACUCGACAACCGUAACAGGCAUAAGUACCCCGGUAUAACGUCUUCCCCCAAUUUCCACAAUCUACCCACAGCUAACCCCACCGGCUCGGGGGAGAGGGGUCCCCCGGGAGCCGUCGAGGUGAUCCGCGAAUCUAGCAGCACCACGGGGAUGGUGGUCGGCAUUGUGGCGGCGGCCGCCCUGUGCAUCCUCAUCCUCCUCUAUGCCAUGUACAAGUACCGAAACCGGGACGAAGGCUCUUACCAGGUGGAUCAGAGCCGGAACUACAUCAGCAAUUCGGCACAGAGCAACGGCACGGUGGUGAAGGAGAAACCCACCUCUGCCACAAAAACCCCCAGCAAGAGCAAGAAAAACAAGGACAAGGAAUAUUAUGUAGUCUUGGAAAUGUGUGGAGUAAACCGAACCGAAACAAACAAAAUCACAAACUCUCGGGAAAAUAAAAAUGAAUCCAUUAAUACCGAUGGUGGUAAAUAAAGCAGUUGAUAUGGAUCUUGUCCAACUAUGGAACUGAUUGGCCAGUUGGCUCUCUGCUCUGUAGUAACAAAAGGGGGUGCUAUUUUCAAAAGGUUUAGAGUUGGGCUGGUGUUGGUUUUUGCAAAAGCAACAGCAACAGGAGCUGAGACUGGUUUGGGGGUACCUGCUCGGGAUGUGUGGGGGUGGGAGAGAUGGGAAAAUAUAUACGAUGUUUCUGUUUUGUUUUCAGGGGAUUGAUGGCAUAAUUCCUUUUCCCCCUUGCCUCCUCCACUCCCAUCUCCUUUUCUCCAUGCCAAGGUGCUAUUGUGAUCAUCCUUUAAGUGUCUUCUCAGAGCAUGUCCUUAAAUUGUGGUGUUCUUUCAAGGUAUCCAGGACGGGGGUAAGCAGCUGUUGAUGGGAAUUUGCAAAUGAAGGAGGGGUGGAGGCGUUGGACUAUUUCCUUCACCCUCACCUUCGCCCCUCACUGGGGGAAUUGGAAAGGCUUUUCAAAUGACUAUAUAUAAAGAGAGCUCUAUAUAUAUAUAAAAUAUAUAUAUAUAUAAAUAUAUAUAUUAUAUAACGUAUAUGUGUGGACAGUUUAACACAGAAGAAUCAAAGGGUUUGGAAGGACAUUUGAGAAGGAGCUAGAGACAAAAAAAAUCUCUCCCUGCCAAGGCGUGUGGUGUGUUACAGGUAGGAUCCCUUGAUGAUCUCUGGGCACGGCCACUGGAGACCAACUCCCAUCUUUGAUCUCAAUUCUGCAAGACUCCAGCCCAUCCUUCCAUGCGAACUGGCCAACAGGGCCAGCCCCUGCUUCUAGAUAGGUCAGUGCCACAGGUCUUUGCUCUGUCAGGGGCUUUCCAGCUGGUUCCUAUGCAGCAACGCACUUCAGCACCCGCCUAGCUCAAAGCAUAGGGGUCAUCCAGUCAAAGACAGGAGAGAAAGAGUCACAGAUUGGAAGAGAGACAUGGCAGAAUUUUGCCCAGAGGUUCCUGCACCCAGCCCAUGACUUGCGUCCCAAUUAAACCGUAUCUGUUGGACGAUAGAAAGCCCUCAAGGGAUGCAAAAUCCUCCACAUCCCUUGGGGAAUGGCUCUAAAAUUUCAUUCUUAAUCUCCCUCAUUAAAAACGUGGAUCUUACUGGUGCCAGCUCCCAGCCAUCAGAUCUCACUGUCCAUCUGCUAGAUCUAGCAGUAAACCCCUUUUCUCUGGGGCAGUAUCAUCAGUGAGGCUAAGGGAGCUGUGCUGGAUUGGAGUUGGAGAAGUCCAGCCCUACCAGGAUCAAGCCCAUUGCUGGGAAGGGUGUAGGGAGGUGAGGAAUUUGGAUCGGAAUUCUUUCUUUCGGAGUGAUAGGAUGCAGGCACUUCAGUUUCUGAAGGCUGGCAAAGUUAUUGCAAACUCCCCUCACCUUCAAUGCUAAAAUGCCAAGGGGGGCUAGCAGCGAGCUGGAGAGAGUGUGAUAGAUCUGCCAUUGUAAACUGUGAACUGAAACCAUUUCAUAUUAAUUUUCAGGCUUUGAGGUGGGUUUUUUUUAAGAAAAGACAUCACAUUUUACAAAGUUUCCAGGGUAUUUAGGCUCCUAAACUUUGAAAAUGAAAUUUAGGCUCCUAAACCUCUUAGAUGCUUUGGCGAAUGUUAGCCAAGGUGAAAUUUGGUGGGCAUCUCUCAGCAUCUUAGACCAUUGCAAGAGCUCAAGUUCUGUAUUUUUCUCUUACCAAAAAUCUCAACAUUUUUUUUAAAGACACAGAUAAUUAUUGGAGUUUCGUUCAUUCCAAACUUCACCACUGAAUGGAACCGUUUGCAGGGUGAAGGAGGGGGAUUUCUGUCUGUUUCUCUAGGAGUGUAAUGAACAUUAUCAACUGUAAAUUAAUUUGUACAUUAUUAAUAUUUUAUUUUUGUUUGGGGGAGGGGCUUGGGCGGAGAAAUGAAGGUUGCAAACUCUAUUUUAAAAAUGACACUCUGAUAAAUAUCCUCUUUUUAAAAUAUCAAGAGAGAGAUUGGUUUAUUUUACCAAUAGCAUUCCCAAUCUUUUUCCUUUACAGCAUUCCAGGUGGGGAGGAAAUAAAUUUUUAAUUCAUUCUUUUUGUAUCAGUUUUGGUUUAAUUUUUUUAAUGAACAGAAACCCCUUCCUGAUUGUUUUGGGGGAAAUACUCUGUGGUUCUGCAUACUUACCCUGUAAACUUCCUGUACUCUUCAAUGUUACUGUAAAGUGUUACCAAUUAUGAUGAAGUCAAAAAAAAAACUUUCAACCCAUGUACAUUACCGCAAAGGGGAAUACAGUUGAUUCUAUACUUCGUACAA